GGACAGAUGCGCACUUCAGUCGGCUUCGAGCAGCUGCAUAGUGUACACGCAACAACGACCCAAUCCGUUCUUCCAAUAACACUAAAUCUAACCAGAAAUAUAAGAAAACAACGAUCCCAGGAUCAACGAAUUUUCGUGCUUUAACACAUCGUGCAAGAACAGUGCUUCCUCACAUCCGACAAACAACUGAAUCCGAAGAUGACCGAAACGAUGGAGCAGAACGAGCAGGUGGUGAUGACUCCAAAAUGCAAGUCGGCGAAUUCCACAACUUUGAUCGUGGAGAGGAGAGCUGUGAAGAAGCAGGAUGAUAAGAUGCACGUGGCAGGUGGAGAGCACACCGGAAUCGUCAUCAACAAAGAGAACGCUUCUGAAAGCGCGGAUCUGACGCCUCCACAAUUGUGCUUGGAGUUUCGCGUGUUCUUGGUCAGCGGCCAAACGGGAAAACACACGCAGGAAUCUCGCACUUUGCGAUUCUGGUUCAAGGCUCACAUGACCAAUGGAUCGGCUAUGAACGGAACGACCAAUGGACACGGACACGGCGACACGGAGCAGGCUGCUGUAGCUCAAGACUUCUUCAAGGAAUUAGUCACCCCGCAGGAAUUCCCGCGAGAUUACGUGGGUUUCAUCAAGAAAAUCAUCAAGCUGAUGCAAAACGAGUACAAGACGAUCAGGAAACUUGAGGUAGAGCUUAAGCAGCUCGAGGAGGCUUCAGUGACAAGACCUCUUUCCGCGGACGAAAAUUCAUUGGACAAUGUCGUCGUCCUAUCGAUUGAGAAAGUUUUGGAACUCAUUGAAUCCUCUUACCCCAAUCCGAUCACCACUCACGAUAUGGCCAAAGAUAAUAAUUGGGAUGAGGAAGAGGUAGCACACCACUUGGCCGAGUUACAGAGCAGAGGUUUGGUAAAGGCUAUGGACCAUGGCGCGUUCACCAGGCAACAGUCCCAAGACACGCAGAUCACCGUGGUAAAACAGAUGCCUACGAUGGCAAGCUCCAAGCAACCGACGAUAGCCAUCAUCACUGCACAAUACUGCGAAAAGUUAGCCGUAGACGCUAUGAUCGAAAACAAGGAAACUUUCGUUAGAUACACCACAGUCGGUCCAGCGAGUCCUAUUGGCGGUUAUUCCAGGGCGAGAUUUGGGGAAUCCAAUGUGUAUACUCUUGGAAACAUCGGAGCUCACAGGAUCGUCUGCACCAAGUUACCUUCUGUAGGUCAUACCAGAGAGGCAAUGACCGCAGCAGGAAACACCACCACUCGUCUUCUGGGCACCUUCCAAAAAGUCGAUUACGUCUUCCUGGUGGGCGUGGCCGGAGGCGUUCCUCAUUACACCGAUUACAACAAGCACGUGCGAUUGGGCGACGUUGUUGUUUCGCAUCCAACCAAAGACAAGGCUGUUUACGUGUACUGCGAUAACGCAAUUAAAAGCGACAAGGGUUUCGAUUUUGAGGUGAAAUCUUACAGCCCCAAAAACCUGAACCUGCAGGGCAUUGCCAGAGAGCUGAAGGCUUCCAACUUGGAUAAUUCCGUUUCGCCGCCGUGGUUGAAUUACUUGAGGGAUGGCUUGAACUCAUUGCACGAACAGGACUUCAAGUUGCCCAAUACCGACACCGACAAACUAUACAUGUCAAUCGGAGAUGGUGACUUGAUCGAAGUUACUCAUCCAGUUCCGCAGGAAAGAGACAAUAGAAGAUUGGAUGGUUGUCCCAGGAUUCAUUUAUCUCCAGUGGCUUCAGGAAGGCAGGUUGUCAAAGCUGACCAACUUAGGCAGCAAUUCGCCACGCAAUUCGGAGCUUUAGCCUUCGACUGUGAAUAUGACGCAGUAAUUGAGUCGAUUUUGGGUAACUGCAAGGACAGUUUCGUAUGCAUCAGAGGCAUCUCCGACUACAAGGACGGUACUAGACGCAAAGAGUGGCAGCCGUACGCUUCUUUGGCUGCCGCCAGCGUCAUGAAAGCCAUUAUCUGCGGAAUGGAAGCGCCCACCAACGUCUAAAACUAAAUAUCCUAACAAUUUAACAGAUUUCGUCGUAAUAGCACACGCGUUCUUAUUCAUUAAAUCGAGGUAACGACGUUUUUAGAGAAAAAAAUCGAAUUAAUUUGCGAUUUAGGAUAAUAAGAUAUGUUGGAAAUUUUGAAGUUACCUUUUACAUUGUGAUUCCUCUACGAAGAAGGCGCCGCGAGCGCGCACCGUCUGAAAGAAGACAUACAUUCUAUUUAGGUGUAAGAUGCGGAUUCUCUCCUGGUCUCUCCACUUAGCAGUACAAAGAAGUCGAGGAACAAUAAAUAUUUAAAUCAAAAUAAAUAUAUAAAUAUAUAGAUAGAGAAUAUAAUGACACAAAUAAAUGGCGCAACGAUUCUUUUCAAAACGGGCUAUAAUUAUCAUAUGUUUAUAUUAUUUUUACGUUAUAUCCAAUAAUGUUUUACUUUCUUUCGUUGACUGAUUAUAUCCAAUCAUAAAUAUACUUAAAAUCAGUUUGCAUGCAUUUUAGUUUUGUACUUGCCAUAAGUAAUUUAGCUGUAAAGUUUCUUCUCAUUUCUCGCGUUUGUUAAUUUCGUUUAAAAAAGAAGUCUGCUCUAAAUAAUAUGCAUGUU